AUGGAGGCGAUAAGGGAUGUUAAGUUAAAUCCGAGUAAGAUUAGUGGCUUGUUGGAGCUUUUUACGCGCGAAAAUCUCCAAGCUUUAGAGGAAGCUUUUAAGGAAUCGACUGAAACUGGACUCAACAAGGAAGAAUUCUGCGAUAAAUUCCAACGAAUAUGCAACACCAGUAACGAACAAAGCCUGCUGUUAUACAACAACGCCGUCCAAAACUCAACCAAUUUAACCUGGAGCAAAUUCCUCGACUACCUCAUCGAAAACGCCUCACCAAAAACCUACUCGCCCCUGCAACUCACCACCGGAGCUAUCGAAGCCGCCUCUCACGCCACCCGCGAAACCAUUCGAAAGAUAGUCGUCAUAGAAACGGACAAAUACUUCUGCUACGUCGCGGUGUCCUUGCACGGGCGCGUCGGCGUCUACGAUGGCAACGCGAACUUCCUCACCUCCUAUCACGCCGUCUUCACCGAGCACGACCUGAAGCGCUCCGACGACGAGAGGAGACGAAGAAACCGGUGGAUCACCGACGCGGUUUUUUGCCCCGAUUCGCAAAUGCUCGCCUUGGCGAGUUCCACCAGAAGCUUGGCGAUUUACGAAGCUUCGGGUCUCAAGCACGAGCCCUGCUGGUGCGGCUCGAAGUUGAAGAAGAGAAUGCCGGUGAGCGUGCUGAUCGGCGGUACUUCCUCCGGUGAUUUGUUGCUGCACAAAUUCCUGCAAGUUGCGCCACUUAGAAGGAAACAUGCUGAUAGGUUGAGCAUAUAUUACUGGCAUGAAUUAAAAAAAGAAACGUCUUAUAUGAGGAUUAAAUGGAUCAAAAACGUCCAUUCCUGCGAAGUGGAACGGAUGGAUUAUAACAGCAAAGAGGACGCGAUAAUUUCCUGUAGUAAAGAUCCAGAAGCGUCCUUAGUUAAAACGUUUUUAAUAGCAGGAAAAUGUCCUUACGUUUUAAAAAUCCGGAAGGGUUGUACUUGCUUCACAUUCAGCAAUAUUUUGAGCAUUAUAGUUACAGGUAGCGCAGAUAAUACAAUAAGAAUAUGGAAUUCUGUACUGGAUUCGAACGUUAUAGCUGUAUUAAAAGGACACGAAUCGAAAAUUCAAGAUGUCGCCGUCAUGGACACCCAGAGAAUAUUGCUGUCUUUUUCCGCCGACGGCGUGGUGAAAGUUUGGAACAUUGACGAUAAUAAAUGCCUUCAAUCGGAGAAAAUUCCUUUUCCUGCUUAUACGACACUAGGAAAAUCUGUGGAAUACGGGAAAAUCGCUCUCCAUCCCGGUCCGAAGAGGCAACCCACCAGACCGUCGGUUAAAAAUGAUCGAAAAAUUAGUGAAAAAUAUUUCGGGAUUUCCGAAGUGGAAGAACGACCCACCAGCGAAUUGAAUCAGAGUACAGCUAUUUCAUGCGUUUGGGAAAGAAGUAAUAUAAUAGUGACAUGCUGUAAUUACAUAGCGAAAAUUAGGACGGUUUUCGAUAACGUGGACAUGGAAAUUUCCAAUGAUAUGCCGGUUUUUCCACCGCCUCCUUUACAAAACAGCGUGUUAAUACCGUCCUCUUGGCAAGUCCCGAUGGAGAAUACGAUGGAAAAUCAAAACCAAGAAGAAUUGGAAUUGGCGACAAAUGAAGCAUGCAAAAACCUUGAUUUCAUCUUUAACAAAGAUUUGCUCGAAUUAGGUGGCAGUAAACUCGACAUUAACUACAGAAUAGCCCAAUUGGAAGCUAAAAAAAUCCAAGCGAGUAUCGCAAAUAAAACUGCCGAAAAUAACUGUAGACGUGAUCUGCGCGCGCAUCCAUCUACAGCUAUUUCCGUUUGAUUGUACGCUAAUGUAAUGAAUUUUAGAUGAGAAAUCACGUUGCAAGAGGCACUCCUUUCCUCGCUUUGAAUUUAUCCGAAUUGGAAGAUGUUAAAUUAUUUAAAGAAGAGUCUUCUAGAUCUCCAUCUAUUAAAAAUAUCGUCGAAAAUAUUAACGGAAUGUUAAGAAACGCUUCGUUAAAGGACGAAAUAUUAUCCAGGUACUCUUCUAGCAAAUCCACUCCAUCUUAUCA